AUGGUUGUUCACCAGGACAAAUGGAAGAAAAAGGCUACAUUGGCUUAUAAAAAGAAGCAUAAUAUACCUACUUAUAAGCCAAAACCUCAACAGCCAGAGCUCGAAUCAAAUGAAUGGCGGUUUGAAAACGCUCCUGAGUUUUUUGGCUCUGACGAACCUGCAGAAAACUCUAUAGGUGCAGCAAUUGGCGAUGCGUUGGACGUUCAAGAACCAGAAGAGGAAAUUGAUUACUCAAAGUUAAAUUUCAAGCCUACAGAAGGCAUUUUUAAGAAGCAACGGAAGAAGCAUUUGCAGACAAUUCAACGUGACAGCGUCUCGGAACUGUUAGAGACUGUUGAAUAUGAAAAAACGAUAGAUUCGAUUAAAAAACGUUACAACGUGGAAAGAGAGCGAUCUUCUGUUGCAACUCUUUCCAAGGGUCAGGAUUUUGAUUCAUUUCUUGAAGAGCUGGAUGGACAAUCAGACGCACUAGAGAAGCAAAUAAAUAAAGAUGGGGGAUCAUCUAAAAGCAAUCAGUUUGCACCCAUAAAAAGUAAGAAAGUUCUUGAAAAGGACCAAGCUUGGUUAGAUGCGCUUUUGCAAUGA